AACACAAAAAAUGGGAAUAUUAAAAUUGAUAUGCAUGCCAGUUUGACUUCGGCUGGAGGGUAAGGGAAAGUUCUACUUUACCAAAUUAAAAGAAAAAGAAAGAAGCGGAUGGAAAGAGGAGAGGAAUAGGGGCGGAGGCGAGUGGAUAUGGGAAGGGUGUUCCUGGUGGAGCUGCAGGGCCGGUCCUACAGAUGCAGAUUCUGCCACAGCCCUCUUGCCCUCAACGAUGACGUCCUCUCAAGGUCAUUCAGCUGCAAUCGUGGGAGGGCUUUCCUUUUCAAUAACGUUGUGAAUAUAUCAGUUGGACCUGUGGAAGAAAGGAUUAUGCUUUCAGGGCCCCAUACUGUUUCAGAUAUAUUUUGUUGCUGCUGUGGGCAACUUGUUGGCUGGAAAUAUGUCACGGCACAUGAGGAAUCUCAGAAGUAUAAAGAAGGAAAAUUUGUGCUUGAAAGAUGGAGAAUAACGGAGGAGGUGAGCGAUGAAGUCGCAAUGGACGCCCGGUUGAGUUUAAGUGAUGCGGAGAAUGCUUAGAAACUGGCUACUUCUGAAGCCUUAAUCUACAAAGAAGUCAGUAAAUACGCCUGGGAGUUGUGUUAUACAGAGCGUUUUGAACCAGGAUUUGAUCCUCCUGGGUAAAGAAAAGGGAAAGGAGAAGAAAAUAAUCAUUCUUAUAUGCGUGUCAAAACGCUUGUAUGUUUGUUGUAGGUUAAAAAUCCUAGUUCCAGAAGAAGAGUUAGAGGAUCUUGGACCUUUACUUUAGCAUCCGAUCGUAUCUAUUAUACAUGUAUAUAUCGAUCUCAGGGGCUUGCAGCCAUUCUGAGCAGACUUGAUCUCCAGGUGGUUUCUUCUUCACAGUGAAGAGAAUAUGUUAAAAGUUUGAAUUGACCUUCAAAGAUGUGAAGCGAAUACUGGUCUCGGUGCUUGGUAAUAUAAAGUUCAACUGCGCUACGGAGUAAGAUUGAAUGCUU